AUCAAGCACCACGUCAAACCGGUCUCUAUUUACCUCCAGCACACCGAGUGCGCCGUUGAACCCAUCAAUUGCACUCGCAAGUUCCGCAGCCAUGGCCGAAAACAACCCCCAGCCCGUCGCGUCCAUCUCACGAACCACACGCCCCAUGAGCGAAGCUCUGCUCAACGAAAAGUGGGACCGCUGCCUCUCUUCAAUGCUCAUCCGAUCCGGUCUCGGCCUCUCAUUCGGCGUCGUCUUCUCAGUACUCCUCUUCAAGCGACGUGCAUGGCCCGCAUUCGUCGGUCUCGGUUUCGGUGGUGGACGAGCAUGGGAAGAAUGUGACAACUCCUUCAAGCGAGCAGCAGCACCCCCAAAAGACGGCCUCCGCGUUAUCCGACCAUAAGUUAUGCAACUCGUGCGGAUGGGGAGGUGGAACGAGAUCAUUCUGUGUAAUUCAAGCAGCUUUGCAUGCGGAACAUGCAUUGUACAGUAGGGCAUGGUAUAGAUCGUUUGGGCAAUUGAACGCUGUACAUCACACUCCGGACCCACUCUCACCUUUGGUUCGAGACAUUAACUCAUAUGUUCGGAUCCAGGUGGAGACUUUUGCUUUGAAGCCUCUCGAUGACUUUCUCUCGAGUUUCUGUUCACUGCUCUAACUCGUGGCUUCUGGCUGAUAUGUAUUGCAGAUGCGGGACACAGCACUAGCCCAUACUCUUUACUUGC